AUGGCAUCAGAAUUAGAACAAAAAGCAAGCGUCUUAAGGGAAAGGAUUAAAUCCGUCGAUGAAAAUAUAAAAAAACUAACUGGUAGAGACCCAUCUGAAAUGAGGCAAUUUCAACGACGAGGUAUGCAGCGAGGAGAUAAUCGCAAACGGAGUUUCGCAGAGAGCGAUGCCAGUAACAAAUAUCGUCGUGCGGAUAACAGCGGAGGUCGACGGUCUUCCUACAGACGAAGAGGCGAAGGAUCAUCGGAUAGUGAAGCAGACGAGGAUGAAGAUGAUGAGGAAGAUAAAGAGAUUAAAGUAUUAUUUUUUCUCAAUUGUUAUCAGCCCAUGAUUCAAUCGUCUGUUGUGGUAACAGAACAAAAAGUUUCGCGUCUGCAGAGAGAUUCCGAAUUAAAGGAUGAAAAAAGUAAAGCAAGGAAUCGUCGCAUGUUCGGUGCUCUACUAAUGGGAACGCUACAGAAAUUUAAAAAUGAGUCCCAAGAACGCUCUGAAAAGGAGAUCAAAAGAGCAAUCAUUGAGGAGAAGUUAGAAACUGCUCAAAGAGAAGAAAAAGAAAAAAUAACAGCAGAACGACGCGAAUUGUACAGUAAAAGAAGAAGUGAACAAGCCGAGUUGAGAGAUAUUGAAAGGAAACUAGAAAGGAUUGAAAUGGAAAAGAGAAUGCAAGAUUAUUACAAUGAUUUAGGUAUAUUUAUCAAAACUAAAACUUCUCCGCAGUUAUUUUAUCUUCCUGCUGAGCAUAACGAUAAAACCCGAGAACUAUUAGAAAGUUCGAACAAAGAAAUACAAGAACUGCAUUCUAGUCGCCUCAAAGAACUAGAAGAUCACGAGGCAAACAUUCAAAAAUUGAUUGCAGAACGUCGUAGACGUAACGCCGAAGGAGCAGCUAUGGAUGUUGCUGAAGAAAAACAUUUGCAGGAGGAUAUAGAUGACAAAACGAAAACUAUGGACGAAAAUAACGAUGGAAAUGAUAAUUCUAUGGACGUAGAAAAAGCUAACGAAGUCACUGAAGAUAGAGAGGACGCAAAUACGGAAGAAAAGAAUGACGACGUGGAAAUGAAUGAGCUGGAUACGUUAUCCGCUCGUAGUUUUGGUGAUUUUGAGCACACUGCCCCAAUUUUUAUAUCUGGUCACUAA